AUGAUCAAGGAGUACUACUGGUACUACAUCGCCUACGAAGACCUCAAGAAAGCUCUCAAGACCGGCUACGUCAGCGAACCUACCUCCGAAAACCCCAAACCCGAUCGCAAGCCAUGGACAGAAGACCACGAGAAGCGCUUCGUGUCGCUACUGGAGAGCGAGCUGGACAAGGUCUUUAAUUUCCAGAAGCUCAAGAGCGAGGAGAUCGUGCGGCGCAUCCAGGCCAGCGAGAAGGAUGUGGCCGAUGUUGUCUCGCGGCUGGAUAAUGCGAAUAAUUCGAGGAGGCAGAGUCUGCGGACAUCGCAGCCGCCGCCCUCAGAUGAGGAUUUUCUGCUGCUAGAGCAGGUGCUGAGUGACAUCAUCGCCGAUGUGCAUGAUCUCGCCAAGUUUACGCAAUUGAAUUACACAGGGUUUCAAAAGAUUAUCAAGAAGCAUGAUAAACAAACGGGGUGGCAUCUCAAGCCGGUUUUUGCCGCCCGACUCAAAGCCAAGCCCUUCUUCAAGGACAACUACGAUGCAUUCGUGGUCAAGCUCUCCAAGCUCUACGAUCUGGUCCGCACCAAGGGUAACCCCGUCAAGGGAGAUUCGGCGGCUGGAGGUUCGCAGCAGAACUUUGUCCGCCAGACCACUAAAUACUGGGUCCACCCCGACAAUAUCACCGAAUUGAAGCUGAUCAUUCUCAAGCACCUUCCUGUCCUUGUCUUCAAUCCCAACAAGGAGUUUGAGGAAAAAGAUGCCGCCAUUUCAUCCAUUUACUUUGACAACACCAACACAUGGGAGCUAUACGAGGGUCGUCUGAAAAAGACUGAAGGGGCAGAGGCCAUUCGGCUUCGUUGGUAUGGCGGCAUGGAAAGCGACCAGAUCUUCGUCGAGCGAAAGACUCAUCGUGAAGAUUGGACGGGUGAGAAGUCGGUCAAGGCGCGUUUUUCGCUCAAGGAAAAACAUGUCAACGCCUAUCUGUCGGGUCGCAUGACGGUCGAGAGCAUUUUUGAGAAGAUGCGCAAAGAAGGAAAGAAGAGCGAACAGGAAAUUGCCGACUUGGAACAGUUGGCGCGCGAAAUCCAGUACCGGGUCAUCACACGUCGGCUGGAACCUGUUACUCGGACCUUCUAUCAUCGCACAGCCUUCCAGCUUCCGGGUGAUGCCCGAGUUCGAAUUUCUCUGGAUACAGAGCUGACUAUGAUACGAGAGGAUAACCUGGACGGCCGGCAGCGCUCAGGCAACAACUGGCGCCGAAUGGACAUCGGGGUGGACUGGCCUUUCUCGCAAUUGCCGCCCCAGGAUGUUGAGCGGUUCCCUUACGCGGUGCUGGAAGUCAAGCUGCAAACGCAAGCUGGCCAGGAGCCGCCCAAGUGGAUUCGAGAGUUGACCGCCAGUCACCUGGUCGAAGCGGUCCCGAAAUUCAGCAAGUUCAUCCACGGAACUGCCACGUUGUUCCCCGAUCGCAUCCACCUUCUUCCCUUCUGGAUGCCACAGAUGGACGUAGACAUCAGGAAGCCCGCGACGCGUCGAUUCGGUAUCACCCGGCCACUGGCCAGCACGUCUCUUUCCGCCAAUGAAACGCCAGAAGACGACGAAUCGGACGAGGACGAGUCGGACGAGGCCCAGGCGCGUACGAGGGCUGCCACCCGCGAUGCACAGCACUCAGUGGUCGACCAGAGUGACCUGUUCGAAGACAACGACGGCAAUGCUCUGGACAUCGAAGAGCGCAUCGCCGCCCAGCCACUCCCCGGCGACGAAGAUUAUCCAUUGUAUGAUUCGGACGAGGAGUCCAAUUACUCGGACGAACUAGAAGAAGCGCGAAGGAUCGGUGGCGGCUACUACUACCAGAAGCUGGUCGAGUACUACAUUCAUCGUAUGGGCCACGCACUGAUCAAUGGGCUCAAGGCCAUUGCGCCCGGGCCGCGGCCCACGGACAUGCCUGAACCCGAACAGAACGGCAUCACCGUCAUGGGAAACAAACGGACGAUCAAGCGAUUCGUCGCUCCAAAGGGUAAACGCAUCCACGUCCCCGUCCGCGUCGAACCCAAGGUCUAUUUCGCCGCCGAGCGAACCUUCCUCUCCUGGCUCGAAUUUUCCAUCCUCCUCGGCACCAUUGCUGCGACUCUACUCAACUUCGGCAACGACUACAUCACCUUCGUCUCCUCGUGGGCGUUUACCAUCCUUGCUGCAGUGGCCCUCAUCUACAGUCUCAUGCUGUAUAUCUGGCGUGUCGACAAGAUCCGCAAGCGCCGCGACGUCAAACGAGUCUACUAUGAGAAAUGGGGCCCUACCGUCGUCGGACUCGGUCUUGUGGUUAUUAUGCUGGUGAACUUUGGUCUGAGAGUACGUCAGACUGGCUUUGCCGCUCGCGACGGAGACCAGGGCUUUGGUCAUGGUCGGGGAUCGGCCGGCGGAGAAUUGUAG